AUGGCAUUAGUAGUUUUUUUUGCAGUUUGUGAUUUGUUAUUAAGUUACCGAUGGAAUGUAUUCGACAGAUGGGUAUUUCAUUUUGCCCACCUCCGUCAACUCCCUGAUUUGGUUCCUUACAUGCCAACAGAAAACCCUAGACUACGUGAUACUGCUUAUGAGGUUGCCCUUGUGGCAUUGGCUACAAAUUCAUCUUAUCAUAAGGAUCUCUUGUCCACUGUGAAAUCAUGGCCAUCUGUAAUUUAUUCUGCAUUACCUGUAAUUUCAGCCAUCAAACCUCAGCUCAAUACUUCAUCCAUGACCGAUUCGCUCAAGGAGGCAUUGGCAGAGUUGUAUGUUAUUGCUGGGCAAUAUGAUAAAGCAUUUUCAUUUUAUGCUGAUCUUAUGAAACCAGAACUCUUUGAUUUCAUUGAUAAAUAUAACCUACAAGAUUCAAUCCAUGAAAAGGUUGUCCAAUUGAUGAUGUUGGAUUGCAAGCGUGCAGUUCCUUUAUUGAUCCAGCAUAGGGACUUAAUAAGUCCACAAGAAGUUGUGAAGCAACUUCUAAAUGCUGAUGUUAAGUGUGACUGCAGAUACUUUUUACAUUUGUAUCUCCAUUCACUAUUUGAAGUAAAUCCGCAUUGCAGGCUUCCUUUUGUUUGGGAGCUAAGGUAGAACUCUAUGCAGAUU